UCGGUUUGUAAACAGUGGUACACUUGAAUGUGUUCGGUUUUCUCGCGAGUAUGAUAAUAAGUCAAGCUAACGUACAGAUGUGAGAUAAAGUUAAGACAAAGUAAUAUAUUUAUCUAGGCAAUGAAACUGUACCGGUCACUCUGCAAUGUCAUUAAGUUUCGAACCCAUUUUGACUUUGGAGGACGGGAAGUGGCUCACUGGUUCCCUGGACACAUGGCUAAAGGUUUGAAGCAGAUGAGAGCCAGUCUGAAGAACGUGGACUGCAUCAUAGAAAUACAUGAUGCUAGACUUCCCUUCUCUGGAAGAAACCAUAUGUUUCAGGAGACUCUGGAUGUCAAACCACACCUGCUGGUUCUAAACAAGAUGGACCUGGCUGACUUGUCAAAUAAACAGAGGAUCCUAAAGGAACUCAAUAAAACCGGAGUCAAGAAUGUUCUCUUUACAGACUGUCUAAAGCAGCGAGAUGACAAUGUCAAAAGGUUGGUGCCGACGGUGGUGGAGAUUAUAGCAAAGUCAAACCGCUUUAACAGAGAGGAGAAUCGAAAUUAUUGCCUGAUGGUGAUUGGAGUGCCCAAUGUGGGAAAGUCAUCACUUAUUAACUCAGUAAGAAGAACAUAUUUGAAGAAAGGCCGUGCGUCUCGAGUAGGUGGCGAGCCAGGCAUAACUCGAGCAGUCCUCACUAAAAUUCAGGUGUGUGAACGCCCCAUAAUGUACCUGCUGGACACACCGGGGGUUUUGCCUCCCAAAAUUGAGAGUGUUGAAACAGGCAUGAAGCUGGCGUUAUGUGGAACUAUACUGGACCAUUUAGUCGGUGAGGAUAUCAUUGCUGACUACUUGCUCUAUUCUCUUAACCGGCUGGAAAAGUUCAGUUACGUGGAAAAAUACAACCUCCAGGAGCCCAGCGACGACAUCCAGCACGUACUCAAACGCAUCGCGGUGAAACUGAGGAAGACUCAGCGGAUCAAAGCCCUCACUGGAGUAGGCGACAUCACCAUCACUGUUCCAAACUACACUGCAGCAGCGUACGAUUUCAUCCGAGCCUUCAGGAAAGGAGAGCUUGGCCAAGUCAUCCUGGACUGAAACAGCAUAUUUUACUGUAGAUAAGCUCCACCAGGAUGCACCUUGUACAUUCAGACAAUGUUUGUAAGUAAAACAAGUGAAUAUUUGGUUGAAGAAUUAAAA